AUGAGAGCCACCAGCAACGAUCAAGACCUUCUCCGUAUGCUCGAGAACACAAUUACCACUGGCGGGAAAAAGAUACUGCGAGCAAUUCACAUGGAGAUGAUAAACACAAGAAAGAUGGUCAUGGAGAGGAAAGAAGAAGUGGUAGCAGUAAACAUGAUAGUUCAGCAGUACGCAUACAUGGAGAGGAAUAGAGCAGGAAGGGUUCUUGGUUUCACGUCAGAACCUGCUAUCUCGGCGAGCUCUCCUAGAAAUGCUAUGGUCAUAGAUGCUUUGAAGGAGGUAGGGUUGGAGGAUGAGGAUGCAAAUUUGGAUGAUAUGCUUGGUGAAGAACUGCUAGAGAUGGAGCAUGGACGCAGCGGAGAUACAAGCAUGGAGAUAGCUGAACCUCUACCACAAGGAAAGUCGAGAAGAGAAUCAAGUGCGACACACAUUCAGAAGAAGAGCAGUACUUGGGGUCAUCCUAGCAAGAAGUUUGAUCGCCUUCGCCUUCUCACAGAUCUGCCUCUUCGGAACAUCCUUAUGAUGUUGAGGCAAAAUCACAUUCACUAG